AUGGUCCCCUUUCCCCUGGAUACUUGGAAUCAAUUGGGUUCUAAGAGUAUCCGUCUCCGUAUGAGGCACAGACCGGCGACGGUGAAAAUCCCACCAUCAGGCCUAGAUAAAAAGGGCGCUCGCAAUGUUGCUUCUCUACAGGGUCAUGACUAUUUCAGCACUCAUGCAGCCGACCCAACCUUAGCGUGCAAGUUUGACUGGUGCUCUGAAGAUGUUUACCUGGAUGUUGAGCGAUUUAUGGAUGUGAUGGGUGUAGCCAUUAAGGCAGUAUAUAUCAAGGGCCUGCGACCUUAUGAUGUUUGA